AUGUCUACUACCACCAUCGCUAAGUUCCCAACAGAGACUGCUGAAAUAGCGAGUUUAUCCCCUACUGCUACUGCUGUUCAGGACUAUGCGAAGUCUCUCGGCGGUCCUCAAGACUUUCAACGCCCUAUUACGAAGCCUACCUUUCUUGCCGAAUCGAGGAAUCCUUCUCUUUUUCAAAUCAAGUCUAUUUGCUAA